AUCUGUGCUAGAGCGUGCGGCCGAGUGUGUAUGUGCUCCAGUUGUGUGUGUACGAGAGAAGGAGAGAGCUUUUGCAAAGCCAGCCAGUAAGCCAGCCAGCCAGCCCAAUGCUGUUGCUCUGGCCAGCUUAAGUAGCUUGUGAGAGAGUCUUUGUGUAGAAGAGAGAGAGAGAGAGAGAGAGAGAGGGGAGAGGCACUGUACUGCACACAACCCCGAGAACUUAUGGACAGCAUGGAGUGAGUUGGGAAGGGACUGGACUGACUUUUUGGAUGUUUUGAAAAGACGUUCACUCCGGGACUUGAAGAGCUGAAGCAAAAGCUGGAGAAAGGGUGGGGAAGAGUGUGGGGAAGUCGCUCCUGAAGCCGAGUUCUCUCUCUCUGUGUGUGUGUGUGUGUGUGUGUGUGUGUGUGUGCACGCGCGAGUGUUUGUUUGUGUGUGUGUGUGUGUGUGUGUGCGUGUGUAUGCGUUCCACACAGCCGUAAAUGUGGCAUCCCUGACAGAUGUGGCCUAUUUGGAGCUGUUCGGGAGAGAGAACGUCUCUCAUCUCGUGGGUGCGCUGAGCUCACCGCGGAGGAUGUAGAGACUCCAGCCUUCAUUUUUUCCCUCACUCUCUCUCUCUCUCUCACUCUCUCUCUCUCUCUCUCUCUCUCUCUCUCUCUCUCUCUUUCCCUGGCUUGUUUGUCAUCUGGUGUUCCGCGAGCUCAAAAGAGCAGUCCUCUGGCUCGUAAAAUAAUUAACGUCAGGAACUGGAUUCGUUUCUUUGGAGAGAAAUAGAAAAAUGUACUCGUGAAGUGGAGCAGCUGCUGGAUGUUUUGAAAAGGGGGUCCUAGACGAAGCCAGCUGAGUUAACGUAGGCAGGGCAAGACGUCAGCCGACCCCAUCGUCGUCAUGGCGCCGCGCAAGCGUCCGGCGCGGGGCCUGUCCUUCAUCUUCUGCUGCUUCAAGGGCAGCGACCACCCGGAGAUCACCUACCGCCUGCGCCAUGACAGCAACUUCACCCUACAGACCAUGGAGCCGGCGCUGCCCAUGCCCCCCGCCGAGGAGCUGGAUGCCAUGUUCUCCGAGCUGGUGGAUGAGCUGGACCUCUCGGAGAAACACAGGGAGGCCAUGUUUGCUCUCCCAGCCGAGAAGAAGUGGCAGAUCUACUGCAGCAAGAAGAAAGAACAGGAGGAGAAUAAGGGUGCGACCAGCUGGCCUGAGUACUACAUUGACCAGAUCAACUCCAUGGCUGCCAGGAAGACUCUCCUGGCCUUGGAGAAGGAGGAUGAGGAGGAGAGGAACAAGACCAUUGAGAGCCUGAAGACGGCUCUGCGCACGCAGCCCAUGAGGUUUGUGACGCGCUUCAUAGACCUGGAUGGUCUGACCUGCGUCCUCAACUUCCUCCGCACGAUGGACUAUGAGACGACAGAGUCUCAGAUCCACACCUCGCUCAUCGGCUGCAUCAAAGCCCUCAUGAACAACUCGCAGGGUCGUGCUCACGUUCUCUCUCACACUGAGAGCAUCAACAUAAUCGCCCAGAGCCUGGCCACGGAGAACGUGAAGACCAAGGUGGCAGUGCUGGAGAUCAUGGGCGCCGUGUGCCUGGUGCCCGGCGGGCACAAGAAGAUCCUGGAGGCCAUGCUGCACUACCAGAAGUUUGCCAGCGAGAGGACGCGCUUUCAGAGUCUCAUGACUGACCUGGACAGGAGCACAGGUCGUUACCGGGAUGAGGUGAACCUCAAGACCGCCAUCAUGUCGUUCAUCAACGCCAUCCUCAGCCAGGGAGCCGGAGAGACAAGUCUGGAGUUCAGGAUUCACUUGCGCUAUGAGUUCCUGAUGCUGGGCAUCCAACCAGUCAUUGAUAAACUGCGCACACACGAGAACUCCACGCUAGACCGGCAUUUGGAUUACUUUGAAAUGCUGAGAAAUGAAGAUGAAUUGAGUCUGGCGAAACGCUUCGACUCCGUGCACAUAGACACGAAAAGCGCCACUCAGGUGUUUGAACUCAUCCGCAAGAGGAUAAACCACACAGAAGCGCACCCGCACUUUCUCUCCAUUCUACAGCACUGUCUGCACAUGCCCUGUAAGCGCAAUGGGAACACCGUGCAGUACUGGCUCCUCCUGGACCGCAUCGUCCAGCAGAUCGUCCUGCAGAAUGACAAAGGUCACGACCCGGACGUGGCUCCUCUGGAGAACUUCAACGUGAAGAACGUGGUGCGAAUGCUUGUCAAUGAGAAUGAAGUGAAGCAGUGGAAAGAACAGGCUGAAAAGAUGAGAAAAGAGCAUCAUGAGCUCCAGCAGAAGCUGGAGAAGAAGGAGCGCGAGUGCGAGGCCAAGGCCCAGGAGAAGGAGGAGAUGAUGCAGACCCUCAACAAGAUGAAAGACAAGCUGGAGAGGGAGGCCACUGAUCACAGGAUGGUCAAGCAGCAAGUCACUGACCUCUCCGCCCAGCUGCACGACCUCAGCUCAGUACGGCAAGCUCCCAGUGUCCCUGGAGGACCACCUGUUAUUGCCCCAGGGGGCCCCAUACCACCCCCUCCUUGCCCAGCAGGAAUACCCCCUCCACCCCCACCGCCACCACCAGGGAUGGGGCCUCCUCCGCCACCACCUCCACCCGGUGGACCCCCACCUCCGCCGGGCAUGGCACCCUUCGGUUGCCCCCUUCCUGGAGGUAUGCUGGGAUCGGCCCUGAAAAAGAAGAACAUCCCUCAGCCCUCGAACCCCCUCAAGUCGUUCAACUGGGCCAAAAUAGCAGAGAACAAGCUCGAGGGCACUGUAUGGUCAGACAUGGAUGAUGGGAAGGUCUUCAAAAUCCUGGACCUAGAUGACCUUGAGAAAACCUUUUCUGCCUAUCAGAGGCAACAGGACUUCCUUACGCUCAAUCACCUCAGACAGAAAGACUCAGAGGAUGACACAACAACAACAAAGAAGGUCAAGGAGCUGUCGGUUAUCGACGGCCGGCGGGCGCAGAACUGCAACAUCCUCCUCUCGCGAUUGAAGCUGUCAAAUGAUGAGAUCAAGAGGGCCAUCAUGAGCAUGGACGAACAGGAGGACCUGCCCAAGGACAUGCUGGAGCAGCUGCUGAAGUUUGUCCCAGAGAAAGCUGACGUGGACCUGCUGGAGGAACACAGGCACGAGCUGGACCGCAUGGCCAAAGCGGACCGCUUCCUCUACGAAAUGAGCAGAAUUGAUCACUACCAGCAAAGACUGCAGUCCCUCUACUUCAAGAAGAAGUUUGCCGAAAGGAUCGCUGAGGUCAAACCAAAAAUUGAAGCACUUUCCAAGGCCUCCAAAGAGGUCCUGAACAGCCGCAACCUGCGGCAGCUCCUGGAGGUUGUGCUCGCCUUUGGCAACUACAUGAACAAAGGGCAGCGGGGGAAUGCCUACGGCUUCAAAGUGUCCUCCCUCAACAAGAUCGCAGACACCAAGUCCAGCAUUGACAAGAACAUCACUCUCCUGCACUACCUGAUCACCAUCCUGGAACAGAAAUACCCCAAAGUGGCCGUGUUCCACGAAGAGCUGCAGAAUGUUCCAGAAGCUGCCAAAGUCAACAUGACAGAGAUGGAGAAGGAGAUCAAUACCAUACGCACCGGCCUGAAGAGCGUGGAAACAGAGCUGCAGUACCAGCGGAGUCGCCCCCAAAACUCCAACGACAAGUUUGUGCUGGUGGUGAGCCAGUUCAUCACGGUGGCUGGCUUCAGCUUCUCUGACGUGGAGGACUCCCUACAGGAGGCCAAAGAGCUGUUCCUGAAGGCGGUCACCCACUUUGGCGAGGACCCCGGCCGUAUGCAGCCGGACGAGUUCUUCGGGAUCUUCGACCAGUUCCUGCAGGGUUUCUUCGAGGCCAAGCAGGACAACGACAACAUGCGCAGGCGCAAGGAGGAGGAGGAGAGGAGGUCCAAACUGGAGACUCAGUUGAAGGAGCAGAGGGAUAAGGAGCGUAAGGCCCGUAAGGCGAAGGAGAACUGUGAGGAGGACGGCGAGUUUGACGACCUGGUGUCGGCGCUGCGCUCGGGCGAGGUCUUCGACAAGGACCUGUCCAAGAUGAAGCGCAACCGCAAGCGGCCCAACAAUCCCAACGCCGACAGCGGCCGUGAGAGGCCCGUCACCAAGCUCAACAUCUGAGAGAGACUCUCCUGACGCAGAUGUGUGCUUUUGUGUGCGUGUGCGUGUGCGUGUGCGUGUGCGUGUGCGUGUGCGUGUGCGUGUGUGUGUGAGGGAAUGCUUUUUCAUUACUGCCCCCUGGUGGGAGUUCACCAGAUCACGCCACCCCCCUCCCCCACCCCCCACACACUUUUUUGGAAAUCCCAGUAACCUCCUUUUUGGCGAGCAAUUUCCCUGCGACAAAAGCAUGAACACUGAUCCAGUUGACAUGGGAGAGAGAGAGAGGGAGGACUUUGCUUUUGUUCACUUGUACUUAAAGCACAAUAUAUAAGAUCUCCAGGUCACUUUGUCUGGGAAGAAGAAGAAGAAGAAAAAGAAGGAAAAAAAAGAGACAUUACAAACAAACAGACGAGAAGAGUGUGGAGAGAGACACUCUCGCUACUACCUGUGCUGGCGGCCAAACACCCACUUUUUGUAAUACUUUUGAAAAUGCUUUUGUAAUGAUUCUGAUUCUAAAUGUAUAUUCUGCAGUUUUUGCAUGGGGUAUGCGCACUGACACACUUUGUUUGGACAGAAACACGAAGCAUGUCCCUUCAUCCAGUGCCACCACCAUCAUGACACGACACUCUGUUUGGACUUGAUGAACUCUGAUAACACAGAACAUAAGCUAGAGAUCACAGCAACACACACAACACUUGCAUAUGUCUUUUUAUUUUGUAUUUAUAGUGAGCAGAAAGGUUAAACACUUUUUACAAUUGUUACGUUGUGGCCAUUUUUGUGUGUGUGUGUGUGUGUGUUGUUGUACGACGUUGAAACCAGGGCUUAUGCACUAAACAGUCUGGUUUGUGUAAUCUCAGUUUCCCCAAACAAACCAUGCAGUCAGUCUCCAUCUCUGUGUAUCACUGCAUGAAACGGGGAUUAACCGUAGUUUCACACAGGGUUGAACGCAACUGAAAAAACCAGCCGCCACGCUGAUGCACUACAGAUGACCCCGGAGAGACCAUCUCAGAACUGUUCAUGAAACAAGACCACACAAACACUGCGUGUACUGCCAAAACAUGCUACUCUUCGAGCACAUGAGUCAACCCAGUAGAAUAAAUCAUCUCCAUAUACAGCUCCCUCUCUUCAAUUAUAAACAGUAUACUCAGUUAAUAGACCUCCCACCAGCAGAUGCUAAAUAUCUUUUUUUUCCGAGGGCACUGUCUUAAUGAUCUGCUUGUUUAAUGCCAUUUUAAAGCACAACUCAAGAAGUGGAGAUGCCAUUUUUUUUAAUUACUCUUUAAAACCGUUUUUUUUUUUUCUUUCCCUACUGAGCUUUUACAGUAUAAAUAUUUACAGAGGCAAUAUCACCUGAAUAGUAAAAUAUAUGCAUUCCUAUCUGAAGAACGUAAUGAAGCAGACGAAGUUGUCAAACAUGAAGUGUAUAUGUGAGAAGGGGGAGGGUGGGGGUGGGGGGUGGGUUUAGGCCUGUUUUGUAAUGGGUCUGUACAGUUUGGACUUAUUUCGAAUGGUUACCAAAAAAACGAGAAAAAAAAACAAAAAAACAAAAAACAGUCACUAGCUCCUCCAAAUGAAACACUGUGUAUUUUAUUUUGUCAAAAUCUAUGCAUCCAAGUGAAAAAGAGAACCGUUGUCCUUGUAUUAUGUGUCUUAUUCCUCUGAAUGUUUGUGUGUGUAUGUAUGUACAUAUGUACAUAUGCUCAUUCAUGCAUAUCCUUCUAUUCACACCCUUGCCUGACUAUCUCUUGUUGAUCAGAAUCCCUUGACUUCAUUUUAUUUCUUGCUUUCAAAUAAUAUUUCCUUUCGUUCAUUCUUUCCCAUUUGUGAUAAGUUUAUGUAUGUGGGUUCUUUCUACAUAACAUUUUUUUUUUAAUUUAAGAUGGCUUUUUUCAUGUGAGGUUGGUGAUGCAUAAAUAAAUCUGGAGGUUCUACAGUG